ACAUCAGUGUUUGAAGUCGAUUCGAUGUCCACUCAACAUCAAGUUCCCAGUGGGAUGGUGGACGAAUGCACAUCAAUGUGUGGAUAUUAAAUGCACAUCAAGUUUCUGACGUCAGUCUGAUCUGGAUAUCUGACCUGUGUUUUGACGUCAGUGUUUGAUGUCAAUAUUUAAGGUCUUUUGAACCUCAUUUGUCCGCUAGGACACGUCUCAAAGGGAGAUGCGGAAAAUGCAUGUUGUUCAAGUCCCCAGUUAAGAAAAAAAAUCUGAAUAAACUUAAUCAGGCUGACAAAGAAUUCAUAUUAUGCAAUAAAUAAAUAUCAAUAAAAAACACACAAAUCACAAAUGUAAAUGUGAUCUGAAAUCCAUUUGACGUCUAAAGCAUGGCACUUAUUUUAGUACGUGUGCAUCAGCUGAAAACAAGUCAACUAAACAGUUAAUGACCACCUGGAUAAUAGAGAAAAUUCAGACAUUAAAAAUAAACUAACAGAUAAUCUGCUGCACUGAACUCUGAACUAUAAAGAGUCUCAAAUAUGACAAUAUUUAUUUGAAAAUCUGGAAUCUGAAGGUGCAAAUUAAUCUAAAUAUUCUCCAAAAGAUACUCUUUUCUGAUUGGGCUAAUAAAACGUCGGCUUUGUUUGCUGUUGUUUUAUGCAUUGUAGAUUCAUGUUGUUUAAAAAGAGAGAGACUGAAGAGGAGGAGAGAGAAGAGAAGAAGAGGACUGAUGCUGGUUCUCAGCACAUGCUGCAGAUCUCUGGAGAAGAAACACCUUUCGUUCGUGAACGAUAACUGAAGAUCCAUCGUCUGGAAGAUCAUCCAGCUUCACGGAGUUUUGUUGAGAUGGGUAUGAUAAGGAUAUCUUGAGCAGCUCCACGAUGGAUAACAGCACUGACAGAAACUCCAGCGCCGGUCAGACUCUGACCACGAUGCCGGAGAACUCUCUGGAGGUCCAGGCGGUCACCAUCUCUCUGUCGCUGCUCAUCUGCGGCGUGGGAAUCGCUGGGAACGUCAUGGUGGUCCUGGUGGUGAUCCGAAGCAAACACAUGAUGACCGCGACCAACUGUUACCUGGUGAGUUUAGCCAUGGCUGAUCUGACCGUGCUGUUGGCCGCCGGUUUACCAAACAUCUCUGAGGUUGUGUCUUCGUGGAUCUACGGUUAUGCCGGCUGUGUUUGCAUCACGUACCUGCAGUAUCUGGGAAUCAAUGUCUCCUCCUGCUCCAUCACGGCCUUCACCAUCGAGCGCUACAUCGCCAUCUGCCACUCCAUCAAAGCCCAGUUCAUCUGCACCGCAUCGAGAGCCAAGAAGAUCAUCGCCUGCGUCUGGAUCUUCACAUCUCUGUACUGCAUCAUGUGGUUCUUCCUGGUGGACACCAAUGAGACGGUUUAUUCUGACGGCGUCGUGGUUCGCUGUGGCUAUCGGGUGUACAGGAACCUGUAUAUGCCCAUCUACUUCCUGGACUUCACCCUGUUUUAUGUGGUUCCUCUCGUCGUGGCUUUGGUUCUUUACGGUCUGAUCGCCAGGAUCUUGUUUCGAGACCCGCUGCCAGCGAAUCUGUCCGAGCAGAAGCUCUCCGUCCAUCGGAGCCGUCGACACAGCUCUGUUAAAGUGUCCUGCAGAGCAAACGCAGCGUCUUCCAGAAAACAGGUCACAAAGAUGCUGGCGGUGGUGGUGGUUCUGUUCGCUCUGCUCUGGAUGCCGUAUCGGACUCUAGUGGUUGUGAAUUCCUUCAUGGAUCCGCCGUAUCUCAACACCUGGUUCCUGCUCUUCUGUCGCAUGUGCAUUUACACCAACAGCGCCGUCAACCCCAUCAUCUACAAUGCCAUGUCGCAGAAGUUUCGUGCUGCUUUUAAGAGGCUCUGCGUCUGUAAACGCAGGUCAGAUCAGAGCCGAGCCAGCAAAAGCACUGUAAGUGUUUAUUACAGCGUCAUAAAAGACUUCUCCGGUGAGAGCAGUAUGAAGAAACACGGCAGUGUGAAAACAGACACGCUUAGCCCUGCUUGAUCUGAGCACAUUAAAGGAAUAGUUCAGCCAGAAAUUAAUAUGUGAAGAAU